AAUAAUGGAGGGAGUAAUAUAAAAAAAAUGCCAAAAAUAUUUGAAUUAUUCCAGUUUCCGACCUGUUUUCGCCUGUCAUUCGCUGAUUACCUCUUUUUCUCUCCUGCUCGGCGAGCCUGACGGUGGUGUAAGCAACCUCCCAACACCGCACUGCCACAUACUUUUCUCACUCCUUAAAAGCCUCCUGAUUCUCUUACUGCAACAACAAUGAGUGUGAUCGACAUUCUUACAAGAGUAGAUGCGAUCUGCCAGAAAUACGACAAAUACGACGUCGAAAAGCAGCGAGAUUCCAAUGUCUCCGGCGACGAUGCCUUCGCUCGCCUCUACUCCUCGGUCGAAUCCGACAUAGAAACCGCCCAUCAGAAAGCUGAAACGGCAGCAAAUGAAACGAAUAGGGCAUCGGUUGUGGCGUUGAAUGCUGAGAUUCGUCGAAUUAAAGGUCGAUUACUUGAAGAAGUGCCCAAAUUGCAGCGAUUGGCUCAAAAAAGGGUGAAAGGUCUUUCAAUUGAGGAACUUGCGGUUCGUAAUGAUUUGGUCCUUGCUUUGCCUGAUAGAAUUCAGUCAAUACCAGAUGGAACCCCUGCACCUAAAAAGAACGGGGGUUGGACAUCUGGGUGGAAUUCUUCAGCCACUCGCCAGGAGAUAAAAUUUGAUUCAGAUGGACGAUUUGAUGAUGAGUAUCUACAGGAGACAGAACAGUCGAGCCAAUUUAAGCAAGAGUAUGAAAUGAGAAAAAUUAAGCAGGAUCAAGGUCUAGAUGUGAUAGCAGAAGGUUUGGACACUUUGAAAAACAUGGCCCAUGAUAUGAAUGAGGAGAUGGAUAGGCAAGUUCCUUUAAUGGAUGAGAUUGACACCAAGGUGGACAAGGCAACUUCUGAUCUCAAGAAUACGAAUGUCAGACUCAAGGACACAGUGACACAGCUGAGAUCGAGUCGAAACUUCUGCAUCGAUAUCGUUCUCUUGUGUAUAAUUCUUGGGAUUGCUGCAUAUUUGUACAAUGUGUUGAAGAAGUAAAUGAACGAUAAGAGGAGCUUACUGCCAUUUGACUGGUUUGGUAUUGUCUUGUCUGUUAGUGUUUAAAGGUGUGAGUUGUCGGUGUGUUUCUCUUCAUGUCUUUUAUAUACCUUAGUUCGUUCUUGAAACAUGAAUGUGCCAUUCAUACCAACACUUCAUGCACAUUUGUCCUUGUAUCAUAUAGCCAUUUGUUAAUGUUUUAAUUUAUUUUCAUUUUAUUGAAGGUUA